GCCGUUACCAUAGAGUAUCAGUCGCUCGCACAAAUGGGUAACGAGUACACGGUGCCAGAAUAUAUGCUCGAGUGGAUGAUAGGACUGUCACCGAUUGUCGGGAGAAAAUCAUGGGAGGGUUGUACACAUAUGUACAUUCCAGCGUGCAUCAAUAAACACUAUGUUACGCUGGAGAUCGUUUUUGCUGACUCGACUAUAUAUGUGUACGACCUAGAUCAUUCAUGUUUGACACAAGGCCAGUUGGAGCAAAAUCUGGAGUCUGUGGCUGUCAUUGUUCCUAUGAUGGCCAGACGAGCGGGGAUAAAUGUACAGGACAGAUUGCGGAUCGUUCGGAACACGACGACAGCGCGACAGUCCGUAAGCGGCGACUGUGGCAUAUUUGCCAUUAAGUACCCGGCUGUUUCCCGGCUGUUAAACAUCCAACAGCCGGCUGUUUCAGACUAUUUCCGACUGUUUGUUAAGCUAAACCAGUUUGGCGUAGAAGAAUACCGUUCUAAAAACGAAAUUAAACAUGCGUAA